GCCAAACUUUCUUUGCUUCCUUUCGUCUUAGGCCCCUGUUUGGUCGGUUGUUUGCAAGAGGAACAAAGGGACAAGAUGGCUCGCAGUGUCUCGCGCUCACCGUCGUACCGGAGAAGGCGCUCUCGGUCGCCGGUGAGCCACCGCCCCAGCCGCCGGAGCAGGAGAGAGAGAAGCCGCUCGCCCUAUGCCAAUUCUAACUCCAGAAGAAGAAGUACGAGUUCUUCGCAGCGCCGCCGAAGCCAUUCCUCGUCCUAUAGGCGGCGCAAAAGUCGGUCGCCAACACCUAGGAGGCAUAGAAGACAGAGAAGUCCUAGUAGCUCGUUGUCUCCUCCGCCCAAGUCUCAAAGUCCGAGUCCUGCACCAAUCGAGCCACCGGUUGUCACUGAGAAGCUGAAGAGAGAAGAGGAUGAAAAGAAAAGGCUUCAACACGAGGCAGAAUUGAAGUUGUUGGAGGAGGAAACUGCUAAAAGACUGGAGGAAGAGAUACGGAGAAAUGUAGAGGAGAAGUUGAACUCUGAGGAAGUUAAGUUGGAAAUAGAGAGGCGGACGGAAGAAGCUCGGAAGAAAUUGUUUGGAGACGUUGCAGCUCAACUUGAAAAGGAAAAGGAAGCUGCUUUAAUGGAGGCUAGACAAAAGGAAGAACAAGCUCGUAAAGAGAGAGAGGAGCUGGAUCGGAUGCUAGAAGAGAACAAGAGGAGGGUGGAAGAGUCACAGAGAAGGGAGGCAUUGGAGCAACAACGGAAGGAGGAGGAGCGGCAUCGUGAAUUGGAGCUAAUUCAAAGGCAAAAGGAAGAAGCUGCUCGAAGAAAAAAGCUGGAAGAGGAAGAAGAACGAGCGAAGCAAAUGAACUUGUCUGGUAAAAACAAGUCGCGGCCAAAAUCGUCCUUUUCCUCAUGAGCGUCGUUUGCGUGUUUGUGCAACUCUUUGAUAUAUCAGGAUGAUGACCCUUAACCAGAACUAGUAAGAAUCGAAGCAGCUGCCUAUCUGCCCCGCCUGCUCCUUUUAUAUGAAAAGCUGCCCUUUGUAUUUGGCAUAGGAGAAAUAUUUCCCUUCAUCUUCUGCCAUUCGGCUUAGACGAAGAGAUUUGAUAAUCUUCCAAGUCAUUUUUGUACUAUCUUCGUCUUAGAGAUUAUCUAUUUAUUAUCA